AUGACUUUGUCGGAGGAACAGUUGACCAAGACACUGAAUAGAAUGAGUUGUCCAAGGGAGGACGAAGAUUAUGUCAAUAUAAUUAUAGAUUUCUCGUCAUGGUGUACGCAUUUUCGUACAGAGCUGCUGAAACCCCUGUUCAAGAGCCCAGACGCUUUAUUUGGCUUCUCAAAAGUGUAUAGUUUCUCUCACACAUUUCCGUUAAUAAAAACAUUGCUCUUUCAGGACAGAUAUGCCCCGCCCAACCAAGAUCCUCUAGGAGCGCCUAUGGAAGGGCCCCAGUGCGUGCAUGGUCCAGAGGCCUGGUUGGAAGGGUUGCGACAGAAAGGCUGGACAUUGACCACAAUCCUUAUAAUGAUCAUAGCUGAUCAAGCCAAGUUAUCGUUCUGCGCAUUCCCUCAAAGAAGUAUCUUAAAGACAGAAAUUUAA